AUGUCGGAGCCACAGCAAACACCUACACCAGAGAAUACGCCUGGGGGAAAGAAGCCGAGUCGGCCGGGGCUAGAACGCAGCAACUCUGAUCAGUCGACGACGAGCGCGGACGACCAGGGUUACGAAUCACGCUCCAGAUCUCAGUCCCGACGACGGAGACGACAGAAUCAACGACAGAGGCAAGCCCAAUCCCGAGCUCAGGCGGGAAAUGCUUCUGCAAAAUCCAUGGCGUCAAUCGACGAAGGGCCAGAACCCCAGCAGCAGCAGCAGCAAGUCGCAAGACGGGCACAGCCGACACAAGCUCACCCAAGUGAACAGCAGCAAAAUCCGCAGUGGCUGCAAAACCCCGAUCCUCGGGAUAUCACAGAGUUCCAACCGUUCGAACGGAUCAAGCCGCCUUCGCAAUCCAUGGCGGGCCCAGUAACAUACGCACGCAUGAUCCGUGGGGAAAUCCCAUGGCGAGGUCCUCCACCGUCUCAGCCCCUAGAAACUGCACGACCCAUCGAUGCAAAGGAUAGCAGCGGGAAAGAUCCUAUGGACCAAGAUGGCUUGAAGCUCCGAUUGGAAUUGAACCUCGACAUUGAAAUUGAGCUCAAGGCCAGCAUCCACGGUGACCUGACAUUGGCACUACUGUGA